AUGAGAACAUUAAUUCUCCUCCUAUCAAUUUAUAUUUAUCUCAUCAAGGCAACUCCAGUGAAUAGAACAACUUCACAAAAGUUCAUCGAUGUAAAAGAUGUUGAAGAGAUGUUUGAAACAUUGAAAGAGUUUAAAGAUUCAAAAAAUUUGGUUCAAAACUACAUUCAUCAAGACUUUCUCUAUAUUGAUUGUCAAAAACAUCGAUUCAAUCGCAAGCAAUUUGUUGAUCAAAGAUUUCUGUUCAAUAACAAAAAGAAUUUGAAAAUUCACAGAGUUUUACAUCAUGACAGUACUUUUGGAAAUAUCUAUGAUAAUUACUUUGUUGUCGUUAACUUUGAUGUGAUAUAUCAAUCUGUAGAAAUGAGAUUGUUGAGAAACUCGGAUGGUUUGGUCUUGUAUUAUGUUUUCGAGUAUAAUUGUCGUGAUUUUGCGAAAGAAAAAGGAAAAAGCAACGAUAUCGAAAUGAAAGAUCUGAGAAAGAUGAAUCAGAACUAA